AUGAUAAUUAGAGCAGACAAUGAAAAAUCGUUUGUAAACAAGGACGUGAUCGACUUGCUCCGCCAAUACAACAUAAGGCUCCACACAUCGACUCCCUACUAUCCCAAAGGGAACGGGAAGGCGGAAGCAAAAAAUAAGACGCUCAUCCAGAUCCUUAGUAGAACAGUGCUUGACCAUCAUAGAGAAUGGCACGAACAAUUGUCGGUGGCGCUCUGGGCAUACAGGAUUUCAAAGCGUAGUUCCACGGGAGCAUCCCCUUAUUCACUCGUCUACGGAGAAGAUGCAAUCCUGCCUGCGGAAAUAACGAUCCCAUCUGCGAGAGUAGCAAUGGCUAGUCACACCACACCCGAUGAAAUUAGCCGCUUCGCUCACCUAGAGACAAUAGAGGAAAGGAUAACACGAGCGGAAAGAUUCGCGGAAGCUUACAGAAAGCGCGCAUCUAACUAUUAUAACCAAAGCGUAAAAGAAAGAGCGUUUAAGGUGGAUGAGUUGGUUUUAAAAAUCGCACCACACGUACAAAGAAACGCCGGUGCUGGAAAGUUUGCCGCAAAUUGGGAAGGCUCGUUUAUGAUAAGGAAAGUAGAAGAAAGCGGAUAA